AGGAAAGGGAACAACAACAUACAUAUACACAACACAAUUUCAUCCUUCUUUCCAUCUCAUACUAUCUUCUUUCCAUCUUCUUUUCAUCUUCUUACAGCUGAAGCAUGUAUCAAGGACACAUUGGAUGACAACACCAGUGGAAGUGGCAGUAGCAAUGACAAAAUGUGUGAGCGUCUAACAUGCAUUGAUACUUACUUGAAGGCACAGAACAAUACACAAGGAGGUGGACAGUCGGCUAUCGACAAGUUUUGGGAGGAAAAAGGCGCCGUGGCAACACUAUGGCAAGAAUUGUCAGAUGCAAUGAAACAGAAUGGGGGUACCGGUACUACUGGAAAUGGAUGUAAUGAAUUGCAUGGUCCGUCCGAAAGGACGGCAUGCAAUUAUUUGCAUGCCGGCUUAGAACAACUGUACAAGAAUGAUCCGCCGGCGGUGACGUCGGCGGCGACGCUGCCGGCGUCGUCGUCGCCGUCAGGCGACGACGUCUUAAAGAACAACCCAUCGUUUAGACAAACGAUGGGUUGUUUUUUACUUCACGCUUAUGCAAAACACAUGAAAGAAAAAGCAACUUGUCUUAUUGAUGAAGGAAUAAAAAGAGCAUUUGACACUGCUGGGAAGGGUAAUAGUGCUAGUACUGGUACUGACAUUCCAUGCCAAUGGAAUGAAAGCACCUUUAAUAAUUGCGAAGUUAAAACAAAUGACAAUGGCGGAGGGGAAAAAGCAACACAGAAGGUGGAAGAAAUCGUGAAGAGCGACACCAAAAUAAAGGAUAUGCAAACCAAAAUAAAUGAUAUGAAAUUAUGUCAACGCUUCCAGUGUAUAUCUGACCGAUGGAGGAAAGAAAGUGACGGCGCAACUCCGGGGAAACCACUUGACUGGGAUAAAGUGUGGGAAGAAGCCAUAAAUCAUCUGAGUGAUCUCUCUGAUAAUAUGAAAAGGAAGAACGGAGUCAACAAUUACUGCAGCACUCUAAGCGAAAAAACUGGAAAGGAGGCUUGCCUCCUUAUAGCAGCAGGAUUAAAACACCUGUACGAUACGGAGGGCGACCAUGGCAAAAGCUACUCCAUUGAUACAUCGUUCCAGAGAACGAUGCAAUGUGUUUUAUUAAAUGCUAUUGCUGAUAGACUGCUACAGUUGCCGUGCAAGGAUGAAAAGGGUGUUCAGCCAGGUAUAACGCAAGCUUUUACGACGCAGAAUGAUGCUAUUAAGAAGGGCACUAAGUGCGAGAAUGAUGAUAAGUGUUUUACGUGUAGUAGGGAACCCUUAAGUAGCCUCGAACCCUGUAAGCUAGACUCCGGGGGCACUGCUCAGAAUCUAAAGUCGGAGUUAGAAGAAAAAGUGCUAAACGACGACAACAACGGCGGAAGGAAGGAAAUGAAGAAAAUUAAUGACCAAGCUAUAAAGGACAUAUGUAAACCGUGUGACAGUACUGGUGACACAUGCACUUACGUGAAGUGCGUAGCAGAUAAAUGGAAGAAUAAUAGGGGGCAUCAGAACAAUGAUAAAAUGUGGGAUGAUGUCGGGGCAGAAUUAAGUUCACUCCUAAAUGACAUGAAGUCAAAUCGGGAUAAAAUUACGGACCACUGCAACCAAGACAGCAAUGGCCAAAACUGGGAAGCCGGCGCUGCCGGGGGCGCGAACAAAGUUGCCUGCCAACUCGUUGCAGCAGGGCUGCAACAUAUUUCGGGUAUUCAGCGGAACUACACCACGAAGGGGAGCGAUCAGGAGAAAAACCCUUAUGAUAACCAAGAGUUUAAACAAUUCGCUUCCUGCUUAAUGUUAAACAGUGUUGUAAGAGAAAUGAAAAGAAGGAGCAUGAUUUGUGACAUAUCUGAAGGUAUUGAGACCGCUUUUUCAAAGGCAGGCGCUAUUAAGGAAGCUAAAUGCAGGAAUGGUAAACCUUGCUUCGUUUGCAAACUGGAAGACAACUAUGAUGAUUGCACCAUAAACAACGGCAAAAGCACUGUCAAUGUAAAGGACAAAUUGAAUGAACUGGACAAAAAAAACACUGGCCAAGUCAAUACCGCCCUCACGGACAUAACUACAACACCAGGAAAUAAGGGCUCCCUCUGCAGUCGCCUACAAUGUUUAGCAUCUCGAGUUCAAGCUGAAGCACUUAAAAAGAGCAACCCGAAUGCGAGUGACAUCGAAGGUGAAGUUGAUAAGGAAUUAAAGGACCUUUUAAAAAAAAUUACGGAUGAUAAGAAUUGGGAUUCCGCUAAGCAAUACUGCAAUGAUCAAAAAUGGAAUAACGACACCGAGGGAGAAAAAACUGCAAAGCAAAAAGCUUGUAAGCUUUUUGCUUCAGGUUUAAAACACAUUUCUGAAAUUCAUAACGACAAGACCAAGGAAGAUGGACGACUUAAACAAACUAUGAUGUGCGCAGCACUUAAUCUUUAUGCUGAUCAAUUAAUAAAAAAAGCAAAUAAUCAAUGUCCUCUCGAUGGAACUAAAUUGGAACAGGCAAUAGAUCACGCUUUUAAUAAUAAUAAUGCCACUAAGAAUGGAAAAACUUCAUGCAAUACUCAGGGCAAUAAUUCUUGUUUUGUUUGCAAUAGGCAAGAAAAAAAAACUUUUGCCGAUUGUCAAAUUGGCUCUGACAAAAUAGAGAAGAAUAUGACCAUUCUGCUCGACAACGAAGACAAAACCAACCCCAACAACAUGGACAAAACACUAGAGGAAAUAAAUAAAAUCGAAACUUUUUGUACUCAAGUCCAAUGUGCCAUCAAACAAAAACUAAGGAGCCAAGGGGAAAAAUUUCAAAAUGGAAAAACACCAUCUUGGAAAAACAUCGAAGAUGACGCCAUGAAUGAAUUAACUGAACUUAUAGAACAAAUGACGAAGGGUCAGACUGAAUCGAACCUUGCCAAAUAUUGCAAUAAGGACGAGGAUUGGUAUAAACUUGGCCAUAAACAAAGCAAAACAAAUAAAGCAGCUUGUUUACUUUUUGCUUCAGGGUUAAAACACAUUUAUACCCAUAUUAAUGGCCAAAAGAAGGACCCAUCGUUUGAACAAACGAUGGGUUGUUUAUUUCUUAAGGAAUAUGCAAAACAAUUGCAAACAAUGGCAAAUAAGAAGAAGCAAGGAAAUAGUUGGGUACAUCCUCUUUGUAGCAUAGAGGAUGGUAUAAAACAUGCUUUUGGUAAGAGUAGUGACAUUAUGAAUGCAUCAUCUAAAUGCAAAGGUACUAAUGAUCCUAAUUCUUGUUUUGAAUGCAAACUAAAUGAAGGUUAUGAUGGUUGCUUCAUUGGCCAAGACAGUGUAAAGGACAAAGUUGAACCAAUGUUCAAGGUCCAAACGAAACGAACCCAAAUGGAAAAAACAUUAGAGAAUACAGUUUGUCCCAUCCUUCUUACGGAUCUCCUUACCCCUUUUGUUCCUUUGGCUCCUGUCUCUAUUGGCCUCUCUGUUAUGGCUUAUUACCUUUGGAAGUAUUUUGGUCCUCUUGGUAAAGGAGGACCACGUUUCAGAAGAUAUCCUGCUGAUAUUCCUGGUCCAUCAGUACAAGAACAAGUCCUCGAUCAUGUGCAGCAAGAUAGUUCACAUGAAUAUCGAUUGGUGAAGGAACGAAAACCUCGUUCUGCUCCAACGAGAACAAAACGUUCUGGUCGCGUGAAUCGUCGAACGAUUAUUGAAAUUCAUUUUGAAGUGUUGGAUGAAUGUCAAAAAGGGGACACACAAUUGAACCAGAAGGAUUUUAUGGAACUUUUGGUUCAAGAAUUCAUGGGAUCCGAAUUAAUGGAAGUAGAACAGGUUCCUAAGGAAGAGGUUCUUAUGGAAGGGGUUCCAAUGGAAAGUAUUCCUUUGGAGCAGGUUCCAAUGGAGCGUGUUCCAAGUUUAGGUUCCGGGUUUAUGGUUUAG